AUGCUCAACUAUUUGCAAAAAAAUUGGGAGCCGGCACCUGCAGUGCUUUUCCUUGAGACGUUUACUGGGAAUGCCAUGCACAUCAUGGGGCGCGUGUCGGAAAAACCCGAUGCUUGCAGCUUCGCCGGCAGGGAUCUGCAGACCACCGAUCCUUUCUACCCGGUCCUGGCGGCCUUGCAAAUCCCCAUGGUAAGCUAUGCGGACAUGGCUUGCGCCAUGCCAGCGUUGGGUCGGGGCAGCAAGAGCAAAAACAACGUCCCUUUCCUCUACACCUACGUCAGCGAGGCUGAUCAUCACUACGGCUGCGGGGUUCACUUCAUCCAGGCCCAGAGCAUCCACGUCUUUCUACACAAGCUGCUACACGAUUCCUGCAUCGAAGGCUACCAGGCAACCCUGUCCACCGCCGCCGCGGAAGAUGCGGCAAUGCAGCAACUACAGGCGCAAAACCUGUCGCAGGUGGAGCGGUGCCAGACGGACUUGCAGUCCUUUCUGUCCUACCUGGACCACCGGGGCUUCCCGGCGCUCGUCGGGCCGUCGUCCACCUGGCUCUUCGGGGCGGACAGCCGGGCAAAGUACGGCUGGAUUGCGAACUGGAAGCCCCAAGGUAACCAGACUGGGAAUCAGACGGAUGCGCCUGGGCUCCCCCAGAGCCCUAAGCGGGGAGCUGCGACCCACUAUGCUCAGUUCGACGACCUCCCAGCCACGGACAUCGUCUUCAUCAUCCACCUGAAAAUCGGCGGGGUGUUGGUUGAGUAUCUCUCGACCUACAACAACAUUGGCUCUGCAAGCUGCCAGAUAGAAGACUUGUCAGGAAGGAUCAUCAGCCCAGUUUCACGGCUGAACGGUCUCUGGGACAAACACAUGUCCAUGUCCAGCCAAGCGACUUUUUUCGCGAACAUGACGCAGCUGGCGCGCGACUCUAAAGGCAUUGCCGCAUUCCGGCCCCUGCUCCCAAAAGCUGUCGCCUGUCGCAGCUCACACGUGGCUCGCGAGGAAUCGCUGGAGCGGAGGCAUUUUGGUGGUUUUUGCAAGCACGCCCCUGUCUCGGUCGUGCGCCUGCGCAUGGAAGGACUUCGGGUCAGCGAUGCCGUUCGCAGCACCCGCAGCAAAGACCUGCUCUCCACCGUAGCAGACUCCGCUGCUGCUGCGUCCGCCUCCGCUGCGUUUGGCUCCGCUGUGACCAGCUCCGCUGUCACGAGCUCCGCUGCGACGGUGUCCGAUUCCACCACAACAACAUCGACCAACUGGCCGGCGCAAACUACUGGAACCGGUGGCAGCGUGGACGCCGAAGCUGGCGCCUGUCCGCCGCAAGCACCCGAGAGCUUCCUUUGGGGCUGGGACCAGGCGUGCCAUUUGGGAGCGACGGAUGAGGCUUGCGAGGUCUUCUUGGCUUCCAAGAUGUUUCCGAAUGUAUCUCACCUUCUGGCGGUGUCCACAAGGGUGGCAGAUCGGAGCUACCAGCCCAGGGUCGCCAGAUUGAAGCUGCGCCUGAGCCAGGCGGCCAAAGAGAAGCGCCCGUUCCGGAUAAUUGUGAUUGGGCCUUCGAACACCAUUGGGAGAGGAUGUUCUGGGCACGGCCGCGGGAACGCGAAGGGUCUUCGGUGGUCGGAUGCCCUCCAGAACCUGUCCAACUACACAAGGAGCCCCCUCCAGAUGGAGGUCAUCAAUGAAGCUCUGGGUGCCACCACCUUCUACAAUAUCUGGAGCCAGCAGCUGGGAAAACACUCAAAGGACUCGUACGUCGACCUCGUGGCCGUUGACUACACUCUUACUGCUGCAGACAAAUUGGUGAAUUCACGUGCUGUCCUUGCAAUGCUCACCUACUUGCAAAGAUGGAAGCCACCACCUGCAGUGCUUUUCCUGGAGACCUUUACAGGGAAUGCUAUACACAUCAUGGGGCAUGUGUCGGAAAAACCCGAUGCCUGCAGCUUUGCGGGCGCGAACCUGCGGACCACCGAUCCUCUCUUCCCGGCCCUGGCGGCCUUGCAAAUCCCCAUGGUAAGCUAUGCGGACGUGGCUUGCGACAUGCCAGCCCUGGGUCGGAGCAGCGCAAGCAGAAGCAAGGUCCCUUUCCUCUACACCUACGCCAAUGAGGAUGCUCAUCACUACGGCUGCGGGGUUCAUUUCAUCCAGGCCCAGAGCGUCCACGCCUUUCUGCACAAGCUGCUGCGCGAUUCCUGCAUCGAAGGCGACCAGGCUACCCUGUCCGGCGCGGCCGCGGAAGACGCGGCGUUGCAGCAGCUGCAGGCGAACAGCCUGUCGCAGGUGGAGCGGUGCCAGACGGAGUUGCAGUCCUACAUGUCCUACCUGGACCAUCGGGGUUUCCCGGCGCUUGUCGGGGCUGACUCGACCUGGCAGUUCGGGGCGGACAGCCGAGCGAAGUACGGGUGGAUUGCGAACUGGAAGCCUCAAGGCAACGAGACUGGUAAUGUAACGGACGCGCCACGACUUCCCAUGAGGGCCAAGCCGGUGGCUGCGACCCACUAUGCUCAGUUCGACGACCUCCCAGCCACGGAUAUCGUCUUCAUCAUCCACCUGGGAAUCGGCGGGGUGUUGGUUGAGUAUCUUUCGACCUACAACAACAUUGGCUCUGCAAGCUGCCAGGUAGAAGACUUGUCAGGAAGGAUCAUCAGCCAAGUUUCACGGCUGAACGGUCUCUGGGACAAGCACAUGUCUAUGUCCAGCCAGGCGGUUUUUUUCGCGAACAUGACGCAGCUGGCGCGCGACUCUAAAGGAACCGCGGCAUUCCGGUGUCGGAGUGAAGGCAAGAAGUUCAAGAUACUGUCCAUCUCGACCUGCUGA